UCCAGGCAAGCGGUCCCAGACGCAGGCUAAUAUACCCACCAAGAAUUAUCAGCUAGUAGCAAGCGCAAAGAGAUGAGGUUCGCGCCCCUGCUGGGUGCCACGGCAGCGCUCCGAGCCCCACCGCGCCUUCCACGGCGCCUGCCGUGCCGCGCCUCGAGCGGUGCCUCGGUCGACGUCGCGGCGGCGUCCAACAAGCUCGACGGCGUCCUGCCGCUCGCCUACGGCGCCGCGUCCGCCGCCCUGGUCGCCAAGUCGUUUAAGUUGCGCCGCGCGCCGCCCGAGGCCGCAGUGUGCUGCGCGCUGGCGGCGCUCGCGACCAUCACGCACGCGCCCACGGCGCGGACGCAGCUAAAAUCGGUCCGGCGCGCGCGAGAAACCGCCAGGGCCGAGGUCUCGCAACGGGGCGGCGCCGAGAAGCGCUACAACGCCCGAGCGUGGCGGCGCGCCGUGGUGUUGCGACUGGCGGCGCAGUGGGCCGGCCUCCUCCGAACGAUCCUGGGGGAGGACGUCUUUGUGGGCGCGGCGACGGUGCUCGGCGCGAACGCGGGAUUUUGGUUGACGGGGGGCGCGCACCGGCGUCACGACGCGUCCGGGUCGUUCACGCCCGUGCCCUACGCGACGGCGUUCCUGGUGUUCGUCAUCGACGCCGCAAUCGUGGGCUGCGCGCUGCUGGCGGCGCGGCGGCCCCCGGGCUACGCGCGCGCGUUCUACGCGUCCGUCGUGGUCGCGGCGUGCGGGUUUGGGGUCCUGGAAAUGCUACCCCGGUGGCUGCGUAAAGGAAAGUAGUUUA